ACUCGAGUGGCGAUCAGACAGAACCUACGCACCUCCGUGUCCUAAUUUUUAUCAGAAGAUAUUUUUUACUAUAAAUAUCUGAUUUCUCUCACAAUCCGAAAAUACAAGAUAAAAAAAAAAAAAACACAAUUUAAUAUGAAGAGGAACGGCGAUACGAAACGGCGGAGGAACGUGGCGGAGGAAGCAGAGCAAGGAGGAGGAGAAGAUCCGGCGAUGUGGGAGAAUCUUGACCGGAAUUUCAGACAAGUGCAAUCAGUUUUGGACAGGAACAGGUCACUCAUCCAACAGGUCAACGACAAUCACCAAUCUCGGAUGGCUGAUAACAUGUCCAAGAACGUUGCUUUGAUUCAAGAACUCAACGGAAACAUCUCCAAAGUUGUCAACAUGUAUUCCGAUCUCAACACUAGUUUUGCCUCUGGGUUUCACGGUGGAAAGAACGGCCACGACGGCGGUGGCGCUGCCGGAACCAGAGCUUGAUGAUAAAUACCGGGAUCGUAUUGUUUCUUCUUAGUUUUGGACCGGCCGGUUUGAGAAUUUUGAAUCAGUCUGGUUCAAGCUAUGAUAAUAUAAGAAAAGAAAAAAGUUAUUAUAUCUUAGUUUUCAUUGCAAAUGAUUGUCGUUAGAAUAAUCCGUGGGAGCAAACCCAUCUAAUUGGGUUAUUUUAAUUAUGGUUUCGAGUCUUUUUCAAUGUGUCUCUACUGCAAUUUCUCUAAUGAUAAUAAUAAUAAAUUACUUAUCUUAUCUU